AUGUCUCGGCUGAAGCGGUUUUGGAAGGGAGAUUCGACGAAGGCAAAGGGUCAAAAUGACGAUGUGUCUGCAAAAUUAGCUGGACCAGUUACCCUCCACGGUGACAGCGUUAUAGGGUCGAUUUCUGCAACUUCAAUUACCAAUCGGUCAACCACAGAUCCUUCUACCUUGAUCUCCGUCACCUCCGAGAAGAUGCCUCACACCAAGUUUACGGGAGUGACUGGAAAUGAGACUUCUAACGACCCGAAUCCAACCCAACCGCUAUCUGCAGAUAUCAUAGACGCUGGAUCUACUCCUGCUUCUCUCUGGGACAAAGCAUAUGAUUCUCUGAAGCAAGAAAAACCUGAGCUAGUAUCAAGAUAUGAGGACCUCUUGUCUCGAGUGCUCAUCAGAGCUAAGGCGAACUCUCUAUCGGCCCCGAGCCAGGAAGAAGACGCCGAGGAUAUCAGGAACCAAAUUCCCCAACAUGAUGCGGCUACGCGCAGAGAGAAACUGAAACAGAUAGCCGAACUAGGUCUGAAACACAUGGAAGAUAAGAAGGUUAAGGUGACAAUGCUAGGACAUGAGAUCGGUCUGCAGGACGGGGUGGCUCAGAUUGGCAAGGCUGUGGAUUGGGCCCAAGAAUACGUCAAAGAUGCGGUCAAAGAUGUCCCUUAUGCGCCGGCUGUGAUGGCAGGCAUCUCACUCGUCCUUCCCCUCCUAAAAAACCCGGCCGCUGCCGACACUGCCAAUCAGGAGGGGUUUACAUAUGUCACGUCGCAAAUGCGCUACUACGUCGAGAUGGAGUCGCUCCUGUUACCCGAGGAUAUGAAGCCUGGCUUGAAGAAUGACUUGAUGGAACGUGUGGUGGACCUGUAUAACCUCAUUAUUGACUUCCAGGCGCAGAGUGUCAUAAGGUUUUAUCGCAGUCAGACCAAAAGCUACUUCAAGGGCGUCGUCAACUACGACAGCUGGGACGAUAAACUGGGUCACCUCAAGGAGGAAGAGGCAAAACUAGAGGAUAAGUUUGAGAAGGUUUUGUCUGCCACGGGUGUGCAGCAGCUGAAGAAGCUGGCCGGGGAAGCGAAAAGAUCUCACAAGGCCCUAAACGAUAUUCUCGAUAAUAUUCAGGAGCUUGUGAGGAUAUCUCGAAGCCAAAAGGAUACACUAGAGAGGACUGAGCAACGCUUAUCUAAUGCGGAAGACCGACGCUGCCGAGACACUCUCAACGCCACCGAUCCUAGCCUUGAUAAAGUCCGAAUCGAGGAGGACAAAGGUGGUCUUCUCCGAGACUCAUAUUGUUGGGUACUCGACCAUAUCGAUUUUCAGAGGUGGAGGGACGCGAGAUGUGGCCAGCUUCUCUGGAUCAAAGGUGAUCCUGGAAAGGGCAAGACAAUGUUGCUCUGCGGGAUUAUUGAUGAGCUAUCUAAGGUGGCUAUACAUGACAUUAACAUCUCGUUCUUUUUCUGCCAAGCUACAAACGACCGCAUCAAUAAUGCGACAGCAGUGCUGCGGGGACUUAUAUAUAUGCUUGUGCAGCAACAGCCCUCUCUCAUCACCCAUGUUCGCGAUGGCUCCUUCGAGGGAGAGAAUGCAUGGUUCGCAUUGCUCAGAGCCUUCAAUAAGAUUCUAGAGGAUGCGCACUUGCAUCGCACUUACUUUAUUAUUGAUGCACUUGACGAGUGCACUUCAGGCCUGAGCCAACUUCUUGAUUUACUUGUUCAGCAGUCGUCAGCUCAUUCGCACGUGAAAUGGAUCGUCUCUAGCCGCAACUGGCCGAGCAUUGAGAAAGACCUCGAUAACACGACGCAAAUAAAGCUUCGUCUUGAGUUAAACGAGGACUCUUUGUCGGCUGCUGUUAACUCAUUCAUCCAGCAUAAAAUAAAUAAGUUGGCAGAAAGGAACAAUUACAGUGCCGAAAUACGGGAUGUGGUCCAGCAUCACUUGAUAUCAAAGGCAAAUGGCACGUUCCUCUGGGUCGCCUUGGUUUGUAGGGAACUUACCAACGUCCCAAACAGACACGUGCAGAAGAAGUUGGAGGGAUUUCCGCCCGGUCUUGAUGAGCUUUAUAGGCGAAUGUUCAACCAAAUCAGCGAAUCAGAUGACGCGGAGCCCUGCAAGUCUCUUCUCGGCGUUGCUAUGACCGUUUUCCGCCCUAUCACGCUGGAUGAAUUAUCGUCCUGUAUCGACUUACCUAAAGAAAUCACAGACGAGCUAGCAGAGAUUAUAGGGCUUUGUGGCUCUUUCUUGUCGCUCAGAGAACGGACGAUCUCCUUAAUUCAUCAGUCAGCCAAGGACUUUCUCCUGCGAAAAGCAUCCGAUGAGAUCUAUCCUAACGGAAUUGAAAAGGUACACUAUUCCAUCUUCUCGAAGUCGAUGCAUGCAAUUGCUAGGACACUGCAACGUGAUAUCUACGGCCUAGUCGCCCCCGGAUAUCCGAUCGACCAGGUCAACCAGCCGGAUCCAGACCCAUUAGCCGCAAUACGGUACGCAUGUAUCUAUUGGGUUGACCACCUAAACAAGUGCUCUCUCGGCAAUCGCGCGAUCGAAGACCUUCAGGACAGUGGCUUGGUCGGGAGUUUCUUGCGCCAGGACUACCUUCAUUGGCUCGAGGCUCUCGGCCUAUCAAGAAGCUUGUCAGAUGGAGUAGCCUCCAUGCUAAGACUCGAGAGUUUGAUUAAGACAAUAACGGAGGAUGCACAGAUAAUCAAUCGAGUUCGAGAUGCAUCCCGGUUUAUCCGAUACUUUAAAACAGCCAUUGAAAGCCAACCCCUCCAAGUAUACGCUUCAGGGAUGGUCUUUUGCCCAACUGGCAGCAUAACAAAGAUCCAAUAUAAAGUCAACGAGCCAGUGUGGAUAAUGGAGAAACCAACCAUGGAAGAGAGUUGGAGCGCAUGCCUCCAGACCCUCGAGGGCCAUGGCGAUAGCGUCAAAUCGGUCACCUUCUCCCAUGAUUCCAAGCGGCUCGCGUCGGCUUCGGCGGAUGGCACCGUCAAGGUGUGGGAUGCCAGCAGCGGCGACUGCCUCCAGACCCUCGAGGGCCAUAGCGAUAGCGUCAAAUCGGUCACCUUCUCCCAUGAUUCCAAGCGGCUCGCGUCGGCUUCGGCGGAUUGCACCGUCAAGGUGUGGGAUGCCAGCAGCGGCGACUGCCUCCAGACCCUCGAGGGCCAUAGCGAUAGCGUUAACUCGGUCACCUUCUCCCAUGAUUCCAAGCGGCUCGCGUCGGCUUCGGAGGACGAUACCGUCAAGGUAUGGGAUGCCAGCAGCGGCGACUGCCUCCAGACCCUCGAGGGCCAUAGCUAUCACGUCAACUCAGUCACCUUCUCCCAUGAUUCUAAGCGGCUCGCGUCGGCUUCGGAGGACGAUACCGUCAAGGUAUGGGAUGCCAGCAGCGGCGACUGCCUCCAGACCCUUGAGGGCCAUGGCUAUAGCGUCAACUCAGUCACCUUCUCCCAUGAUUCCAAGCGGCUCGCGUCGGCUUCGGAGGACGAUACCGUCAAGGUAUGGGAUGCCAGCAGCGGCGACUGCCUCCAGACCCUUGAGGGCCAUGGCUAUAGCGUCAACUCAGUCACCUUCUCCCAUGAUUCCAAGCGGCUCACGUCGGCUUCAGCGGAUGGCACCGUCAAGGUGUGGGAUGCCAGCAGCGGCGACUGCCUCCAGACCCUCGAGGGCCAUGGCUCUAGCGUCAACUCGGUCACCUUCUCCCACGAUUCCAAGCGGCUCGCGUCGGCUUCAUGGGACGGCACCGUCAAGGUGUGGGAUGCCAGUAGCGGCGACUGCCUCCAGACCCUCGAGGGCCAUGGCUAUGGCAUCAACUCGGUCAAAUCAUUCGACAGUAGCCACUCCCGUGUUGAAACUAACAUUGGCACCCUUCGUUUAUCUUUGGGACGGACCCACGCUACUGAGCCCGAAGUGCCGCAAUUUGAAGGUUAUAGUAUAAGUUCCGACAAAACAUGCAUUACUAGGAACUCGAAGGAUGUACUCUGGUUACCACCGGAGUACCGCCCAGUUACCGCCAGCGUGUCACAAUCGACAAUAUGUCUUGGCUGUGCCUCGGGACGAGUACUAUUAUUCACCUUUGAUUCCUCAACAUUAUCAAAUCUCCUUGACUGCCCUGAAAUCCUUUUAGAUUAA